AUGCCCAAGAUCUACAAGCCCGGGAAGGUUGCUGUUGUGCUUCAGGGUCGUCACGCCGGUAAGAAGGUUGUUGUUAUCAAGCAGCAGGAUGAGGGCACCAAGGAGCACGGCUUCCCUUACGUCAUUGCCGCUGGUAUCGAGCGUUACCCUCUCAAGGUGACCAAGUCGAUGGGUGCCAAGAAGCUCGCUCGCCGCAGCAAGAUCAAGCCAUUCAUCAAGGUCAUCAACUACAACCACCUCUUCCCUACUCGUUACGCUCUCGAGCUCGAGGGUCUGAAGGGUGUCGUGUCGAACGACACGUUCAAGGAGGUGUCGCAGCGUGAGGAGGCCAAGAAGGCCAUCAAGAAGCUGUUUGAGGAGCGCUACCAGAGCGGCAAGAACCGGUGGUUCUUCACGCCCCUGCGCUUCUAA